UCACGUCCCGAGCAACCGGUCGCAUACCCAGGCGCAAAGACAGUCGCGUGGUUCCGUUCGCCGGCGCGGGUACACUCCGCGUGUCUCCGUGUGCCUUCUCCCGGGUGCCCCCCGCGAUCGGUGUCCGCCGCGAAGCGAGUGUCGACUCGACUUACGAUGCGUCCGCGAUCGUAGGCUCUCCCCUUGGUGCCAAACACGGAGGUCGCGCAGGUCGCGAGGAGGAAGCGAGGGUAGAAAGAAGCGGACGAGCGCAGAGGAGAAGAGGGAUAUAUAUAUAAUAUGAGGCUCCUCUGCGUGGCGAUUGCCAUCGCGAGUGCAGCGUUUCUCUUGACAUUCGUCUCGGGCGGUGCGCGUGGCAGUCGGAGCAACAAAGUGUCGAAGCGGGCGAAGCCCCUCGAUCCCGACGAGGACGACUAUUACUACGAUGAUCCUGUGGACGAGAGGAACAAUCCGACGAACGAGGCGCCGGUCGUGCCGCCCGGAUUCCUGAGCCCGUCCGUGCGGGAGUACCUCGAUCUCGGUAAAUCGAUACCCGGUCGCCCAGGCACGGAUUAUCCGGUGCUGGGAAAGGUGCCUUACACAAAUUUCUACUGCGACGACCAGUCCUUCCCCGGCUUCUUCGCCGACGUGGAGACGAGAUGCCAGGCGUGGCAUUAUUGCGACAUAGACGGCCGACAAGCAACGUUUCUCUGUCCGAACGGCACGCAAUUCAGCCAGGCGGUCUUCGUAUGCGACUGGUGGUUCAACGUGAGGUGCGAGCUUAGCCCGAAGCUCUACGCCAUCAACAGUCGACUUUACGGUACGCCCACCGAGAGCCCGACGAGACCCCACCGACUGAUCACGAAGGAACUCCUGGAGAAUAUCUUCGUGCGUAGGAAAUGAAAGGGGCGGACGGAUGGCACGCGAUACUUCGCCUUGAAGAAACGAAGAAGAACGGGAAAGGGAAAGAGGAGGAAACGCGAUCACGUCGUCGUCCUACAGGAAGGAAAGUACUCUCCUCGCCAGUACAGAAAAUCGUAAAGAAAAAAGCGCCGCAAUAAGAGCUCACCGGAGUCACCGGCGCGACUCGAAAAAAGUAUCUCUCCAGAAGAGACUCUACGUGCAGAAAAUUAUUCUCUCUCUCUUCCUCUUUAAUAAAUCCAUGACGCGGAUCUUCCUCCGAACGCGGAAGCAAUCCGCAGUCACUUAACUAUUCCAUCACCAUCGAUCGAUAGAAGCUAGCGCGUGGGAUUCAUGCCCGGGCCCUAUCACGACUGCGGAACUUUCAAAGGAAACGAGAGGAGGAGACCGUUCGAGAGCAUCUGACGAUAGCCGAGAUCGCGCGGAGAAGAACACGACAGAGCGAUUAUCCAUGACAAUCGUGGAGUUCUGCGAAAGGUCUCGUCGCGACAGCCGCCGCCGCCGCCGCCGCCGUUGUCGUCGUGCGAUAGCGCGCACACUCGAGCCGCUGAAUCGCGCGAUGAACGUUCAGAAGGAGAUUACCGGUGGAUAAAUCUUUGCCCAAUGAAUAUCGAAGCGAUCUUCGUCGAAGGCGAAGAAUCGUCCUACCCAUUUCCAGAAAGGGGAGGGAACGGGGGAACGGAUAAAGCUCGUCGUGAUGAGCACCGCUGCGUCAAUAAAAGAGAAACCGGAGGCGGAGCUCGACUUCCGUCUGCGCUCGGCCUUCCCUUCCGACGGAAGGAAUUGCCCGACGUGGAAAAGCGUCCUGCACCCUGGAUGCAGUUCUUAAUCGUUGAUGAGACCCCGCUCGAGACUGUGGGAUAGCCGAGGCGCCUUCCAUCCGUCUCUUCUGUCGAUCGUUGCUUUACGGACGUCUUUCUCUCUUUCUUUCUCCCUUUCCGUCUCCGCGUCUCGGACAAGAAGCGUCGGAAGUUGAUCGUUACGGCGGAAGUACGAAAGCCACCACGAGCAAUACGUGCCACCGACACACCUGCGGGAAAAUCAACCGAGUGCUCCAUGAUCGAUCAUCAAACCCGGACACGACUCCGUUGGACGGCUUCGACCGCGCUAUAAUCUAUUUUGGCGGAUGUCGCGGUUUCUGUUAUACUUCCGGGCAGCGACGUUCCGUACACGCUGAAUCAUACUUGUCAGUCUAUAAAUGGAGAUUAAUAUGGACAGUGUCCUCAAUGUGAAGAGUUCAACUGCGCUUUAAUCGUUACCUUGACGCGGUCUCCGUUGAGAAGCGAGUCUCUAAAUACCGAAUAUGCCUAUACGUAAAUAGUCCAGUAUCGCCAAAAUAUUAUUAAUGUGCGUUAUUGUAAAAAUAAUACAGAUUGCAAACGCAUAAAAGGCUAGUUGAUUGAGAAUACUGUUAGCUUGUUAAUAUUAUUCGACGAGUCGUUGGACGAAAUGAUGAUGUAGAAAAGAAAAAAAUUAUAUUUUGACAUUAUUACAAAAAGACUGCAGAAAAAAAAUUAUAUUUUUACACUGUU